UUAUGCUCUGCUCAUUCCAAAGAUGACUAUUAAAGUUAUUAGUGUGUAGAUAUUAUUUAAUUCCUUUGUUUCUUGGUUAAAAAUGGAUGAGUUCUUUGCUGGUGGGAUGGAUGGCAGGUUUAGAGUUUCUAUAACCGAUUCGACCAUGAUGUCGAUUGUGCAUCAUUCAAUGGAUAAAGCACACGAGAAAGUAAAAUCAAAAGAAGGGAUUGUCGAGCGCUUGAAUGAGAUGUCAAAGUUCUAUGAAUUGGCGGUAAUGCAGUUAGAGGGGUGUCUGAUGUUUGUACAAGAAGAGACAUACGGCUGCAUACUUGAAAGCAAUUACGAGGAAUUACUUGCAGACCUAAAAGAGAUAAGAGACCACCUUCAAGGACGUCUAAAGGAAUCUCAGCUAGCUAUAUCCGAUAAGGACAGAGAGUUAACGGAAAGAGCAGGAAAUGAAAUGAAGCUUAGGCAAGCAUUGGAGCUAAAAGAAAGAGAGUUGGUUUCAUUGCGUGCUAACCUUGAGAUCGAAAGAACAAAGACUGAAGGCAUUGAGGAGUUUGUUCUAGGCAACCGGAUAGAUAGAGAUGGAGAGAGACAUAGAGAUAGAGAUGGUGAAUUUUGUGAGCUGAAGAACUCUGUGCAUCAACAGGUAUGGAAUAUCAAACAAAAACUAGGCCCUGAUAAUAGUCUAAUUGAGGAGGAAAGAAAUAGAGGUUUUGACAAUGAAAAGAUUGAACAAAUGGGCUUGGACAUAGAUAUGCUGAAGGAAACGUUAGAUCUUGCUUUUGGAAAGAUGCAAAAAGCCAUAUUUUUGUCUCACAUGGGGCCAAUAGAGCAGCAGUGGAGGUGGUCUAUAGAGAACGAUACCAUCUCUAUUUUGAUCAGAGGAUUAGUGACGAAUCUCGAAGAGAGUUUUGAAGCAAAAGUAACGACGAAGCAAGAGAUGCAAGUUCGUGUAUGCUUGAGUGAGCAUUGGUCAGAUUUGAUGAAUGAAGUUGCAAGUUUGCGUCAAGAACUCGAGCCCUUUUGCAGAGAAAAUGAUAUGCAGGCGAAUGGAAGAGCUUACUGGAAGGAACAACAAGUGGGUAGAAGGCAAUAUGUGGCUAAGAUGAUAAAAAGUCAUGAAUCUAUUAUUCGGAGGCAAAGUGAAGAUCUGAAUAGGCUGAAGCGAGAAAUUCUUCGAGAAAAAGGAUGUUUAUCCCUCAGGGAAGAAAAGGACCCUCUAAAUCUUAGAAGAAGGAUCCAAGAAAUUGUUGUGAGACUGAACAAUUUCAUGGAAUGGGAUGCUAAGAUGGGAAAAAAAUUUGGUGAUCAUACAUCCAUACAUGGAAAUGAAAGUUUUAUCGAGAAAAGGGUAUCACAAUUUGAUGAGAGCAUCAAUACUUUGGCAGAUGGCUGGGAGAAGAUUAAUAAAGUUUCAUUUAAUUCUCAUGCAGUACUAAAUGAAGAGCAACAAAAUGAGAUAAGGAUGCUAAGACAAGAAAAAGAAGACUUAAAUCUGAAGGCAAUGAUAUUAGAGGAGAUAUAUUUUACCCUUCUGAGAGGACUAAGGAAAGAAUUUUACAUUCAGUUAGACUAUUAUGAUUUAGAGUGCCUGAUACAUGAGGGUAUAUGUAAAUAUUUGUUCAGGGAAAAGGUAGGACAGUGGAAUGAGAGCUUUGAGAGCAGCAAUAUUGAAGCCCAGAUCAGAGAGGAGAUAUAUUUCCUUGCCUUCAGCGAGGCAUUGAAGGAUUAUAAGAUUGUGGAAGACUCCAGGUAUACUGACGAGUUAGGCAGUGUAGAGGGCUCUGUAAGAGAGGGCAUAUGGACAGCUUUCUUGCGGCAAGUUUUUAAAGAAUGGAACGAAAGCACAGAAGGUCAGAACACUGCAAGCUUGAUUAGAGAAGAGAUAUAUAGAAUUGUCUUUGGUGAGAGCUUCAAAAGUAUUGCCUGCAGCGCCAGUAGUCCUACAUUAAGUCAACUUCAAGAGGUCAAACUUCCUGAGGAUUUCCUCCCAAUCACCAGUGAGAUGGUGAAGGAAUUCAAGACGGACAUAGAUUCUUAUAAUCAUGUAGAGAGUCUGAUUAGGGAAGAUAUCUUUCAUUUUGUGAUUGUCGAGGCAGUGAGAGAUGCCUCCAUCUUGCAUAGAGAAUUAGGCGAGUCUAGAAUUCAAGGCAAUAUGUUGGGAGAUCUGCACUCUUCUAAGGAGUUAAAUAAUGGUAUAAACGCUAGUGUUGAGAAUAAAUUAGUUCGGAAACUAGAUUCUCUAUCACAAUGUUUUCAGGUGGAGGGUUUAAAGCCAAGUGCAGGUACUGACUUAAAGGAACGAACUGCACACCUUGACCUUGUGAGCUUGAAAUAUGAAGAGAUGGAUGAGAAAAAUAUAUUUGAAAAGCUGUUAAUUGAAGACGAACACACUUUAAGCUCAGGAAGUAGCAAGCUAGAGAAGUCCUCGCAACAGUUGGUCACAAGCAAGGCACUGUUCGGUGAGUUGGACACUAGUUUAGGCACAAGUAUCGCUGGUGAUCUAGAAUGCGUUCAUGAUGAGAUGACUCCUAUAUUAGAUGUUUCACAAGUUGGAAAGGCCUCCUUCCAUACACCCAAUGAUUAUAAAGCGGGACAAUCAACUGAAGCGGAUUCUGUCUUCUCGCCGGCUCUCUUGGGAUUUCAGCAAGCACUCGCAGAUUUUGAGCAUAUAGUGCUCGAAAAAUUAGGAAUGAACAUUUUGAGGUUGACAGAGGUGAAGCACAAUUUAGACCCGCUCGUUGAGCUUGUUGCCUCUCUGAGAAACAAGGAAUUGCUUUACAGGAAGGCCUUUGUUAGGAGAUGUUACAACCUGCAGAAGGCUGAACUUGAGGUAGAUUUGCUAGGUGAUCAAGUGGAUGUGCUUCUAGGUCUGCUUGAGAAGAUAUACACAAGACUGCAUCAGUAUUCACCAGCUCUGCAGCAGUACUUUGAGGUCUCAGACAUUUUGAAUUUGAUUAAUAAAGAACUAACUGGAGGAGUUGUUCGUAUACCCAAUAAAUAAUUAGAUUAUGUCAUGAGAGAAGAAGUUUGCAUGAGUUACAAAUGAACUUGGGGCAGGCGCACUGCAUGGACUUUGACGCACGACAGCAUAGCCGGUGUUAUUCUUUGUGCAUUGGCAGUUCAGAUAGAUUCCACAAUACUAAUUUUUGUUGUAUGAUUUUCCAAAUAGU